GGUGGGAAGUGAUGGUAGUGUGGUGCAUUGUCAGUGUAAUAUCGUGCAAAAGGUUUUCCUGAGAUUCGAGGUAAAAAAAUAGAUAAGAAUUCCGUGAUCGUGGAAUUUUCUAAUUGUUGAACCGUCUUAUAUUAUCAAGUUAAAAACAAGUAUUUUUCGAGGAAUUUUCAAUUUUUACGUUUGAUAAGGAUUUUAUGCAGCUGAUUCUUCGAUUAACGCUCGUUGACAGAUCAAGCGCGGGCGCACGAUGAGCUUCCUAUUUGGAAGCCGUUCUUCAAAGACCUUUAAACCGAAGAAAAAUAUUCCCGAGGGAACACAUCAAUAUGAUUUGAUGAAACAUGCUGCUGCCACACUUGGUUCGGGAAAUUUGCGACUUGCAGUUAUGCUUCCUGAAGGAGAAGAUUUAAAUGAAUGGGUCGCCGUUAAUACUGUUGAUUUUUUCAAUCAAAUCAACAUGUUAUAUGGCACAAUCACAGAAUUUUGUACAGAAGAAAGUUGCUCGAUUAUGUCGGCGGGACCAAAAUAUGAAUAUCAUUGGGCAGAUGGACAUACAGUGAAAAAGCCAAUAAAAUGUUCAGCACCUAAAUAUAUUGAUUAUUUAAUGACAUGGGUGCAAGAUCAAUUGGAUGAUGAGACUCUUUUUCCUUCGAAAAUUGGCGUACCUUUUCCGAAAAAUUUUCUUUCAAUCGCUAAAACAAUAUUGAAGAGACUUUUCCGAGUUUAUGCACACAUUUAUCAUCAACAUUUUAGCGAAGUUGUUCAACUCGGCGAAGAAGCGCAUUUAAAUACGUCUUUCAAACAUUUCAUAUUUUUCGUUCAGGAAUUCAAUCUGAUUGAACGAAGAGAAUUGGCACCUCUUCAAGAAUUGAUAGAAAAACUUACUGCAAAGGAAGGUCGAUGAACGUAACCUUUACUUGAGACGAAUUACUGUGAAACUUCUCCAAAGAAUCUCAUCUGUGCUGUUUCCGCUAAAUAAUCAUCGUAUAUAAUAUUAAUUUAAAUUAGAUUUUAUACAUUUCAAAUUUUCUUUUUUUUUUAGAAAACAAAAAAUACAGAGCAAAUUUUAACAAUUUUUUUUAUUUUUUCUAUAUAGAAUUUUUAUUAACUGGCUUUUUUGAAAUCGUAGCAGCGUAGUACUGAGAUUAGGUAUAUGUGAAUUUAUAAAAUUUUCAGUCGGUACAAAAAAAAACGUCUGUAAAUUCUAUAUUUUUCAAUAACCUCCAGCCUUAAUGUUAAAAAAAAAGCUAUGAACCUCUGCCGUUUGUACUUGAUUAAUAUGUAACAAUUUACACUCUAUUUUAUUACUAAUAGAGUCACUGGCUUUAUAAGCGUUCGAUUUGACUAGUUUUUUUUUUUAUUUUUUUUUUAGAAUUUGUUGCAUCAUCGGCACGUCGUAGCUACAAAAAUGUAAAAAUUGCGACCACAAGAUUAUUCUUCAAAAUUAAUUCAAUUGAAUUCACAUAAAAAUAAACACAAUAAUUUAAUAAUGGAAAAUUUGUCUGAAAAAAAAUUUUGUUGAAAAAUCAUGUGAUCGGAAAAAUCCAGACAUCUUCGUGAGAUAUCGAUAGUUUUAUCUCGAUUUGAACUAAAAUAAAAGUUCAUUUUUAGGAAUUUACUAUCGCACCGCGCUUGGUAUGUAAGGGUAUUAGGCUAGAAUUCUAUUAAUGAUAUUUAAUAACUGUAUUGUUAUCGUGUAGCGUCGACGUAUCGAAAAAAGGAACCCUAGAAUAAUGAUUAUACACUUUUUUUUAAAAAAAAAAAAGCUCGUCGUCAAUCAUAUGAAGUUUUUUUUUUAUGUCGACGUAGAUAAAAACACACGAUUUUUUCUUCAAUUGCUUUGUAAGUCUUCGAAGUGCAUUUUAUGUAUAUAUUUAUUAUACAUAUAGGUGCUUAUUUUUUUAAGCAAAAAAUCACUCAUCGCAUAAAAGAAAAAGAAAAAAAAAAUUGCUUAGUUUUUCUUCUUGGAAAAUAGAAUCGUUGAAAACGAAUAAAAUAUUUUCCGAAUUCAUCCGAUGACCAACGGACAAAAAAUAUUGAUAUUUUAUAUACAGUAUGUAAUUGAUAAAAAAUAGAUAUCGAAGUGAGUGAACUAAUUUACAAGAAAUAUAUAUAUAUAAGCUUUAUUUUUGUUUUAUAGAAAUUUUUUUUUUUGCUAUCUAGCGAUUUUUAUUCUCUCUCUCUCUCGUUUUUUAAUCAUGAUUUUAAAUCAGUGAACAAUGUAUAAUGGGUCCAUUUGUGUGUUAAUUCAUAAUAUAGCUGUGAAAAAUGUAAUUUUAACAUAUUGAGGUAGUGCAUUUAUCUGCGACAUGAUUUAAUUUUUAUUAUAGUUGAUUUUUUAGUUUUUAUUUAUUUUCCUUUUAAUAAGCAAUAAAUUCGCAGAUUGACUAUCUUUUUUAAAAUUCACACUUGGAGAAAAAAAGGAAUGAAUUUUUGUAUGAAAGAAUUUUAAAACUUGAUUUUUUUUAUUUUUAAAAUUAUAAAAACUAAAUUUUGAAAGCGCCUGAAAAAUUGAUACAAGAAUUAUAUUAAUAAUUUACCUGUGCGAACGGCCUUUUUGACUAAAAAAUAGAUUUCUAGUUUUAUUAAUAUAUAUAUAUAUAUAUAUAAUUUAAGUGAGUUCACCGGACGAUAGUUGAAUGAACAAAAAGUUUGUGAUUAUUAUGAAUAGGAUUAUGAAAAAGAAAAAAAAAUCGUUAGAAAGGUAUACGAAUAAUUGUUACAUUUUUGUACUUAAAAUUGAUUUAAUCAUACGAAUUCUUUAGCACAAAAAAAUUUUUUUUUUUUUGCAAAUUUUCAUGUUCUCCAUAAAUAACGCACACUUUUUGAAUUUAGUCGAUAAUUCAAAAAAAGUUCGCUACAGGUACAUAAUUUAGCGCUUUGCUUAAAAUUAAUCUUCGAUUAAAAAAAAAAAAUAGAUAAAAAAAUUCUACGAAUCCAUUGUUUUUUUUAAUCAAUAUUUGACAAUUUAUGUCAAAAAUGUUCACUUUAUUAAAAACUAAUAGAAAAAUAUCUGCUAUGAUUUUUUUUCUAUUUUUAUGGAGUGUGGAAAAAAAAACACCGAAUUAAGUGAUUUUGACAAAUUUAAUCGUUUACUCGUCGGUGAUAAAUUUGUGCAAUGUAAAUAGUAUUUUUUCCAAUAAAUGAAAAAUCGAUGUAGUA